UGUCGUCCUGUGGCUCUUCGUCUCAACGUGCUGUUCCUACUGGAUGGAUCUGGGUCAGUAUCUGGAACUACCUUUUCCAUGCAAAUGAAGAUGCUCGACAAAAUUGCCAACAUGAUGGAAAUCGGCAAGAAUGAGAGUCAGAUUGCUGUUUUGCAGUACGCGGGCUAUACUAGGCUCGAGUUUGGCUUUAAUGAAAAUCAGGUGAGAAGUUUUGAUUAA